CGAGAGGAGAGGACGAAGGGGAGAAAGCACACGGAAAGAGAAAACGAGGUAGAAGAAGAGCAGGAGAAGAGAGAAGAGAAGAGGAGAGGAGAGGAGAGACCGGCACGGCGAGUGCGCAGGCGGCACUUACUGCCAGAGUCACUCUCGUCGCACUCACGGCAGACUACUCCGCAGCGGCGCGACGGCGACGCGUCGCGACGAUCCUCUUCUGGGCGCACUCAGUGCGCCGCGAGCGCUUCGAAACCGCGUGUCGAUCUAACGUCUGGCGGGAUGAGAACAAAACCGCGCAAUCGUUGAAAAGAGCUCGGGAAAACGGGAGAGAAAGAGAGAACGAAACAUAGAGAGAGUAAAGUGAGAGAGUGUGCAGCAGGUUGCAAAAAUGUGCCAUGAAGUUUUAAGACGAUGCAGUUUUAACAGUUUCUUUCAACGACAGUGAGCCGUUUCUGAGCUUUCUUUCGAGCGAAUUAAAAGAAAAAUCAUUUUUGCCGGGAAAUUUUCGUUCAAUGGUGCGCGAAGAGAAAGCGAGAACGCGCGCGUUAAGACUGUCAAUGUGAAUGGUCGUCGUGAGAAUUAUUUAUGAUAAACGGUCAGCGUCGUGUGAUUAUUAAUGAGCGGCCGGCGAGUAUUAUUGUCGAGCUCGGUCGAGUAGACCUAAUAUGAUUAACCGUCGCCCGCGUAUUCCGGGUAGUUAACCAUCGGCAAGCAUAAUCGAGCUUAUUAACGGGUCAUCAACGAAAUUUAUCGCGGAGCGGUUGUCAGGUUCCGGGCUAUGUUAAUAACUGAUAACUAUAUUCAGAGCUCGCGCGACUAGGCUCUUCACCGGGUUAGCAGUGAGUAGUUGUCUUGUUUGGACUUACUGAUAAACGACCAUCAGCGAGCUUAAUCGACAGAUGUCCAAGUGGAAAUUAGUGCGAGGAACAAUUAGUCGGCGAGGUCUGGAACAUUUGGGACGGCUUCUGCGUUGGACGCGGCGAAAUGAUCCAAGUGAUAUAACUUCAUUUCGCGCACUGUAAAGACAACCGCGAACGCUUAGAAUCAACGAGAGAAACGAGUCGGUGGGAUGAGAGACGAGACGCGAAUCGAUAAUUCGCCUGUUUACUUCGUCAGGGAUGAACAACUUCCCCCUUCUUUAGAGGGGUGACAGCUGAUGGAUGAAGGAACGACACGAUGGAUCAAUGAAGAAAUAAGAAAUUAACGAACGACACGGAGACACCGAGAGAGCAUCGAGAGAUAAUCAAUUAUCCGGGAUUUCCUCGAGAACAAGAUCCCGUAUGUCCAAGGUGAUCAAAGAGCCGUCACAAGUGUAAUCGAUCGGACACAACGGAGCGCAAUUGUACGACUUUCUCUCCUCUUUUUAAGAAGGGAGUAGUAUAACUUGUUAAUGGGAAAACAGGCGCUUAAUGAGCGGUCAUCGCGAUGAUGCCGGAGCCGAAGACUCGAUUCCAGUCGCAAAAACAAUCAGCCAAGAUCCUCCUCGAACUUCAAAGCUGAUCUUACUCAAGACAGUCAAAGGACCUCUCUAUUAAUAGACCUUUGGAGACCCUUGGAGACCCUUUCCUUUUUCGUAACGAGACAUCUCCAAUAACGACAGAGGAACAAAUUGAUUAAGAAGUCCGAAGUAUCUAUCGAUGCACAACAAAGGCAAAACAACUCAAAACUUUCUCAGAGAGGGACUGAGAAUCGAUCUCGAGGGUUGACUGAAGGAGAGUCGACUCGAGUUCGAAUUCCCGCAGUCGGUCGCGAAACUGCAGAGAGAAACGACCAAUGAGAUCGCGUCGGAUGACGUGAACGUUCGAGCGGCUCGCAUGUUGAGAAUUAUCUAGACUGUUUUCGUGGAAGACCGGGGGUGACUCAUCGAUGAGCGAAGGGUGGCGAUCUCGCCGUCGGGGACGGGUUUUUUUUCUCCAGGCUCUCGCGCGGAGUGCCUCUCGAGUGAGUGACUCUUUUGACAGGAAUUUCUACGGAGUUUCUGCGCGUCUCCACGACGGACGAAGUUAUGAUCGACUUCGGCGUCGCGGAAGUGGCGCGAAGUACAUGUGAUUUCGCGUGUUCGCGCCAACAGGCACGCGACCCGGCACGACGACGCUGGCGAGGCUGGCCAGGUGACGCGAUGAGGGUGUUCAGGUGCAGCACGACCGACCAGCUGACCACCGACAGUUUGCAGACUAUCAUCUUCGAAGCUGUUGCGGCCGAGGAGUCGAAUGGCAAAGCAGUUCGCGAUUCGUCGUAAAACUGCGAUACAUCAUAAAAGCAUCUACGCGGAACUCUCGAAGACGCUUUACGGGGCGAUCGCGAAUAUAAUGUAGAGAUAAAUUGCACGACGAAAGAGGAAACGACGUUAUGCUACUUGAACCCGGAAAUUUUCCGGUUUCGAGAGACAGCACAAGUUCGAGUCGCCGGGAUAUCUGAUAACAAAGUUGCAGAAUCUAAAGAGUGCGAAAACUCGAGCAAAGUAGCAGACAGAUAGACAAAAGAAGAGAACAGAGCAGAGCUCUGGCGGGAGGUGAAAAAUGGUAACGUGACGAGACGACGGAAAGAAGGAAAGCGCAAUCGGGACGAAGCGGUGGACGAAUCGCAAGGCUGAACGAUGGAAAUGAACUCGACGACGAGCUCGAUCGUCCCCAAUUACUACAAUGCUAGCAUCGGCGAUGACGAUCCGAUCGAGUGCGAUCAGGAUGUCAACACGUACGGCCUCUCCGACUUCAUUAUCUACGGCGUGCUUAUCAAUUUGAUAGGUCUCUUCGGGAUCUUCGGCAAUACGAUCUCGAUGAUUAUCCUGUCACGGCCGCAGAUGAAGUCGUCCAUCAAUUAUCUGUUGAUCGGACUAGCCAGAUGCGACACCGUGCUAAUCAUCGUCGCGAUACUGAUCUACGGAUUGCCAGCGAUCUACACGUACACGGGCCUGCUGUUUCACUACAAGUUCAUCGUCUAUCCGAAGAUCAUUAAGUUUCUGUACCCGCUGUCCUGCAUGGCACAGAUCGUGACGGUGUACCUGACGCUGACGGUGACCGUGGAAAGAUACAUCGCUGUCUGCCAUCCGCUGAAAGCCAGAUCGUUCUGCACUUAUGGACGAGCACAGGUGGCAGUGCUGGUUAUAGUGGUCUUCGCUUUCCUUUACAAUUUACCAAAGUUCUGGGAGAUCGAGGUGCACGUCGAUAUACACUGGAAAUACAACGUCACGAUAUACUGCAUCUAUCCGACCGCGAUGAGGAACGACAAGUACUACGUUACUCUGUACAUACAUUGGCUGUACUUCUUCGUGUACUACAUGUUCCCGUUCAUCGCGCUGGUGAUCUUUAACACCGCCAUUUAUCGACGGGUCAGGAAAGCGAACAAGGAUUUGCAGCAGCUGUCGCGUCAUCAACGUCGCGAGAUCGGCCUGGCGACGAUGCUGCUGUGCGUGGUAGUGGUCUUUUUGAUCUGCAAUAUCCUGCCAUUGGCCUCGAAUAUCCACGAGACGUUCAUAAAAGAUCCGCCGCGAUUGAUGGUGCAGAUCGGCAAUCUCCUAGUGACUAUCAACAGCAGCAUUAACUUCAUCAUCUACGUGAUCUUCGGCCGCAAAUUUAAGAGGACGUUCCUCAAGCUCUUUUGCUCGUCGCGACUGUACGGGCCCAACCGAGACAGUCCGGAGUUCCAGACGUACGACGAGUCCAUCGUCACUAACACGACCAACAUCGAGCUGAGGAGCUCGGUCAGGCAAAUUGGCCAUCUUAAUCGCAGUAACACCAUCAACCGCAACAAUAACCUGGUCCAUGGCAACAUCCACGUUUCCAACGGCAGCACCAGGCAGAGCGUCAAACUCUCCAGGCCGCUAAGUUCAGGGCCCUGCGUCUAUUAUCCGAUGAAAAGCCCGGCGAGGAGUCACAGUCAGAUGUCUAGGACAUCAAGCGGUCAGAACGGCUGGAACAGCAAGAAGGAGAAUGACGACUCCACGCUGUAGCGAGGAUGACCGUUCGACUCGUUUAUCUAACUAGAAGUCAGUUGAAUAUCCCGAUCAGAUGUUUUUUAUUUAUUUUCUUUGGAUCGCUUCACGAAGGUGAUAAAGGAAGGAGGAGGAUAAUCCUACGCAACUGUUCCACCUAUUCAUUUUUCUGGAUGUCAGCCGAGUAUCCGAUGUUCCCAUCAGUAUGCGAAGACAGUCGAAGAUUCGCGAAAUGACAAGAACAGCGAUCUUACAUUGUAUUCUAGGAUAUGGAUAGCACUGCUAGUCGAUAUAGAUGAAAUUGUAUUGUUCUCGCGUUCUUGAUUCUACGUUUCUUUAUCAGUGAUCCAUCCAGAAAUAUGCAAACUGAAGCGUAUUAUAAGCACAACGACGACGUGAAGUACGCGUAGACGUUGUUCGAUGUUUCUUCUUGGGUACAUCGUCUGCUCGGAUCGAGCGUCGCAGAUGAGAGAUGGACCAUUCCACGCCACACAGUGGACGACUGAGAUGUGUGGACGCUUCUUAUCUUCGUUACUCAAGCAAGAGUCCUGCCAAGAAUCUUAAUAUGAAGGACAGAUCUGCAGGAUUGAACAAGUGGGAUACGAAGGACAGCGCUGUAUCUCCCUGUUCGAUAUUGACUUUCUCCGUAUGUAUCCUUCAUCCUAAAGAGUCUUCUUAUAGCAACUUCAAUGAAAUGUCCGCCAGUCGGAACGGAUGGAAGGACAAGGAGGGCGAUUUCGCACUGCGGUGGACAGCGUAUAUUAUUGUUCCCCCGGGAGAAACUCGGACCAAUCCACCCUCUCGUCCUCGGACGCUGUAAUCCCACGGGAUAGCGCGACUUCGAUAUAAGAAAAAGGGUCGUUAAGGAUAACAGCUCCUGUAGGUUCCGCACUGCGGAAGACUUUCUUCUUAACGGAAGAGAAACUGCGAUCUCCUGCAGCGAUGAUCUUCUGAGCGAAAGUUUCCCGUUUGCCUCGGGAUGAUCCAGUUUUGGACGUUGAUGAGACCAUCGCUUGAUGUCGCGUCUCGGACUCGUAUUCUAUAGGGUCGCGUUUGAUCGUUAGAAUUACGAUAAUCAUUAAGUGUCGAUAGAUUUAAGCAAUAGAAAACUUCCUUUCGCGAUAAAAGACUGGUAUUAACGGAAUAAACUGUCGCGUCUCGAAAGCUCUUUUCGUUGACUAAAACUCUCUGUCACUCGCAGUCAUUAUCCCUCUCUCGCAUUCUCGCGAAGCAUUAUCUUAAGAUAAUAACGCGAUUAUCUUAAGAUUUUAACGCGUGUUAAAAUAAAAAAAAAAAAAAAAA